GGCCACUUCAGUCAUUCGUUUCAAAUUUCUCUGCUAGCAUUUGCGGUGCGAAGAUGAGAGUCCUGUCGUUAUCCCUCCUUUGCGCGCAGUGGCUGCUGUCUCCUGUCCUGGGCUUGGGCUUGACCACCCAUGACAGUACGUUUGUUCCCGACCAUGUGCUCCGUAUAUCAGCCAAGGAUAUCUCUCAGGCAUGCGACCAGCGGCACUCCGCCGUGGUGAACGGCACCUCACCUGGGCCCGCUAUCCGUAUCAGGCCCGGGGGCUCAUCAUGGAUCCGGGUGUAUAAUGACAUGGAGGACCAUAAUCUCACAAUGCAUUGGCACGGCCUCGCCCAGCGGAUGGCCCAAUUCUCGGAUGGCGCAGUGCUGGCAUCCCAAUGGCCCAUCCCGCCCAUGAACUACUUCGACUACGAGAUCGAGGCCCUGCCAGAGGACGCAGGGACCUACUUCUACCACUCACACGUCGGGAUGCAGGCCCUGACCGUCUUCGGCGCGCUGAUCGUCGAGGACUGCGGGCCGCCCCCCUACCAGUACGACGACGAGCGCACGCUGCUGUGGCACGAGCACUACAAGCAGAACGACUCGGCCUUCGAGGCCGGGCUGCUGGCGAGCCCGCUCGUCUUUGGCGGCGAGGUGCAGGCCAUGAUGCUCAACGGGCAGGGCGUGGCCAUCAACCACACGGCGGGCGAGAUCCCGGGCGACGCGUCGUGCCAGCUCCCCGUGAUCGAGGUCGAGCCGGACAAGACGUACCGGUUCCGGUUCAUCGGGGCGACCUCGCUCAGCCACUCCAUCAUGGCCUUCGAGGGCCACGAGAUCCUGACCGUCAUCGCCGUCGACGGCGGGCAGUACACGCAGCCGGCGGCGACGUACCGCAUGCAGCUGGGCAGCGGGCAGCGGUUCGACGUGCUCCUCAAGACCAAGAGCCAGGCGGACCUCGAUGCCGCGGGGGGCAAGACGGACUACUUCAUCCAGUUCGAGACCCGGGACCGGCCCGCGGUGUACCAGGGCUUCGGCGUGCUGCGGUACACCUCGAGCUGCGCCGACGACGACGAGGAGGCGCCCGUCCCCACCGCGCCGGCGACGGCCCCGUUCAACCUCACCACCAAGACAUACGACUGGCUCGAGAACACGCUGCAGCCGCUCGUGCCGGACCUGGACUUCCCGACGCUCGAGGAGGUGACGAGGCGCGUGGUGGUCGACGUGGUGCAGCUCACGUCCAACGCCACGGGCCAGAUCAUCUGGCAGCUCAACGGGCUCAACUGGAACGAGAUCGUGGCGUACCCGGUGCCCCUGCUGGUCGACAUCUACCUGCGGGGCGAGGACGCCGUCCCCGACUACGAGACGGCCGUCGCCAACGGGGGUUGGGACCCCAAGACCAAGGCGUAUGCCGCAAAGGUCGGCGAGGUCCUCGAGAUUGUGUUCCAGAACACGGGGUCGCUGGUGAACAACAACGGCGGCGUUGAUGUUCACCCGUUCCACGCUCACGGCGCCCACUACUACGACCUGGGCAGUGGUAAUGGCACGUACGAUGCCAACGCUACCGAGGCCGCGAGGGUAGAGGCUGGAUACACGCCGGUCAAGAGGGAUACCACGAUGUUGUACCGGUACGAGACCAAGACGACGGCCGGUGCUGAUGCUGGCUGGAGGGCGUGGAGGAUCAGGAUCAACGACCCUGGUGUGUGGAUGAUCCACUGCCAUGUCCUGCAGCACAUGGUAAUGGGAAUGCAAAGUGUUUGGGUCGUCGGCAACGCGAGCGAGAUCCAGAGGACUCCCACCGAGCUGAGCCAGGGAUACUUCACAUUCGGAGGCAGCGUCACGGGCAAUGAGACCAGCCCCCCGCAAGUAUACGAGCAGUUUGACCACAGCCUAUCGACCUGUCCUUUUUAAUGCUCAUCAUGGGGUCAGUCGUUACGAAGGUCAUGUUUAUUAUGACGGAAUAUAAUUACAUAUGCGAGUACUCAGAUACAGCGUUUUAUUAUUAGAUGAUACCAAUACAUUAUACAGCCCUGUA